UGAUUAUGAUUUUCCCCUUUCCCUUUAGUUUGUUAGACUACAGUGGGUUCAUUCACUUCCCUUCCCUUUUCACUUUUCACCCCCCUGGGCGCAGUUGGGCAGCAGUGAACCCACCCCCCUUCCCAUUCAUUCCCUUUCCCCCCGUCGCAUUAAACCGGGAGUGGUAUAGAAGGCCGGCACCGUCCAGCUGGAAACCCGCCCGAUCGAUAGACGAUAAGAAUCAGCCGAACAGACUAGGAAACCAAACAACCAUGGCUCGCAUCCUGUGUGUGUGUCCCAGAUUCUGCAGGAGACAGUACGUACUGUGUAUGGGCCACAAGUGGCCCCGGUCCAGCGUACCUGAGUUGCGACGGACAAGGCAGGAAUGGUCAUUGGGCUGCUCGGGUGGGCAAGGAAAAAGGUGUGUGUGGGUUCCCACCGAGUUUGCCCAUCCACACACAACCCACCACACACACCACACACCACACUCGUGUGGUCUGUGUGCGCUUCCUUUUAAUUAACGGAGGGCUGCCAACUGCCGGGUGAUUCAGGUGUCAACUAGUUUUAAAUAACUAGUUUGUAGCCAAUUCUAUAGGUAUCUAGACUUGUUCGAUAAUCGUAGCUGAGUUAAAUUAACCCGGACGACUUCAUAAUCUUAUUUUUACUAAGCGGAGAAGGGGGAAGUGGAAAAGAACGGACUGCUCCCAAUUUUUAAAUAUUUCCUAAUUUACCCUUCUCCUGGGCAAUCACUUUCCUCGUUUCGAUGUACCUCCGAGCCUGAAACUCUGCAAAGGAGCUCGGACGGGGAAAAAAGGUACUUAGGCUGGGAGCGCAUCCAUGGUUGCAUGCCUGGAUUUUACCCAAUUCAGUCACCCAACGCAGCUCUACAUUUGCUACACAAUUUCCAAUCUGUUUGGAUCGGCAAAGGGUCUCUUCUCUAUUUAGUCUACAUGGAGGAUUAUCGGGUCUGAAAGAGAACCCCCCGGAGUUCCGCCUCAAGAUGGAUUAGUUUGGAUCCCAACCAUACUGUAACCCAAAUGCUAGUUGGCAAGGCAG